UGGGAGGGAGGCAGACAUUGUUGUGGUAACAGUCCAGACCAAGAGGAUGAACGGAGAGGAUGCACUCAUAUUGAGCGGAUUGUGCGCGAAUUUAUUAUUUUUCUAAUCGAAAUAAUUAUUUUCUCUUGAUUAAAACGACAAAAGCUGCCGCUUUGAAUGGACUCGUCACCGUGCUACCGCCGCUACACGGAGUUCAUUCAGCCGAGAAGCACACACUGAUGAGGCGAUGCCAGCGACGUAAAAAACACAACAUCUGCAGGGUGUGCAUCCGAGGCUGCUGGAUCAAACCUCUGUGGAUCGACGGAGCCUUUUUACCGAGAGCACAGGGGGAGACGGGUGUUACCUUGAAGAUCCAACAAAAGGAGGUAAAAUAAGGACAGUUGUGUUGUUUGAGGCCUCUGAACGACACAGCCUGCUGCUGAGCGGAUGACAGAUUGACAUUAACGGGGUGUGCAAUGCAUUCGCAUCCACGACCUCAUUAAGACGUUAUCUACGGGAACAAUCUGUGGUUUCAGCACAAAAAGAACUGAGGUUUCCCCCAAAGGUGAAGGAUUGUGGCAGAAGAUGGGCAGCGAGGGUGAGGUCAUAAAUCGAGAGCUGUCAAAGAUCUCAGACGAAGAUUUGCUCGCGUGCUCCAAAGAGGAGCUGGUGAGCCUGCUGCGUAAAGAGGAGUCCGAUAAAAUAUCAGCCCUCAUCCAGCGAGGGCGCCUCAUAAAAGAGGUAAAUAAACAGCUGCAGGGACACCUCCUCGAAAUCAGGGAACUGAAAGUGAUCAAUCAGCGCCUGCAGGAGGAGAACGUGGAGCUGAGGGACCUGUGCUGCUUCCUGGACGACGACAGGCUCAAAGUGAAAAAGCUGGCCCGGGAGUGGCAGCUGUUCGGGCACCAUGCAGCCAAAGUGAUGCGGGAGGACCUGGGCGGAUACUUGAAGAAGCUCGCCGACCUGGAGCGUUUGCAGGACGGGCUUGUGAAGGAGAAUCUGGACCUGAAGGAGCUGUGCCUGGUCCUGGAGGAGGAGUGUGUGAGCAGGAGUGACUCCAGCCCCGGGGGAUCCACCGAGCUCAACCUGCCCUGCAUGGUGGCCCGGGACCUGGGGGAUGGGAGCUCCAGCACGGGCAGUGUGGGAAGCCCAGACCAGCUCCAUCUGGUGUGCUCACCUGAUGACUGAUGGCAGGUUUAUAUCAGUAAUUGGGGCUUCUUUGACUUGAAUAAGAAUCCUUUAGAUCAGUUGAAGGAGUGACACUGAAGCUAUUCCAGACUGUAAUUAAAAUGGUGCAAAAGCAUAAGGGCCUUCUGGAUGCUGCAAAGAUGCGUGUGCCACCAGGUUUUGAUUCUACUACUACAGACAUUUUCAGAGACAUUUCAUAGAUGUUUGCAAAAUUAUAAUGUAUCACAGUUUUAAAGUGUUUUUCUAAUGAUUCCUCAGUUUUUUUGGAAUUUCUCCUUUUUAAUUGGUCUGUUGUUGAAGAAAAAAAUGGGACCAAAAAAGUGGGUCACAUAUAUAAAUUUAUCUCAUGCACUGGACUAGCCUACACUGGUAGACGCCUUUUUCUAUUGCACUGGACAGCGUUAUUAUGGAUCUUUAAAAUCUUAGAUCUAAAGAUUCAUUUCAAUCCAGUUUGAGCCAUAUUUAGUCCACUGAAAUCCAGCAGCACUGAAGUAGAUAUAUAUUAAAAAAGAAAACAUGAGACUAUUUGAUAUUUGCUUUUGCUAGAUGCCCAAUAAGGUAUUAUAUUUUAUGCACUCUCUUCCUCAGGACAGGAUCGGAGUUGCCAUACGUGCAUGAUUGUCACACUUUGUACAGGCCUGUGUUAAGCAGUCUGAUGUGAGGCCCCUCAGGUUCACCGUGGGUGGGGCUGCUGGUGCAUAACGCACAUGUGCUACAGCCGGGGCAGAGCCAGCACACUCGUGAAGGUUUUGGAUCAGUCGUAAAUGAAAGAUGUCCUCGGACCUCACUCAGAGCUGAACUCAGCGAGCUCUGUCACUUUUUUUAGGAAAUUUAACUGGAAACUUUUUAUCAAACUGGAAGGUCUACUAGUUUGAAAGAUUUCUAUUCAAACUGAGCUGUUUAAAUUCACUUGUGUUAUGUUUUUUGGCGUUGUUGAAUUAGCGUAUCACAGUUUGUUUAAAGCUGGCAAUGGCUGGCUUUGUCUUCUGUAACUCAUGCUAUGUAUUGACCCUGUGACAUUAGGGAUAAUCAUGACUUUGACCCCUCUUUAUCUUGAUUUAUCUGUAUUAACUAGCAUUACUAACCAGUUCAGUUGAAACCAUAGAUGAUGCACAUGCAUUAGUAAAGAUUUAUUUUGUCUUUAGCUGUUUCUUGGUGGGCUAUGCUCGUAGUACAUUGAAGAGCUUUAAAUACAGUUGGUAUGAUGACACUCUGCUUUUUCCGACCUCUCUUUGCGUGUUUGACUUUGCAGAAAAAGCAUUUACAUUUACAUGACACACAACGAAGGAUUGAUUUGUGCACUUGUUGUUUUUGACCUUCAUGUCUGAAUCGACUUUGCUUGAUUGAUAUUCCCUUCUGUGAUACAGGGUAGCUUUAUGGACGUUCAUCAGUUUUAUUUUGGGACUCUGUUUGCACAGUCUGGAGAGCUGGAGAGGGCAGUAAUGAUUUUAGCCACUUAGUAAGGCAUGGACUUUCUUUGAUAGCAGCAGUCACUCACAUUUUUUCCCCUUUAUGCUCUCCAGCUGUCAAUCUGACUCUUGUUCCAUCUCUCUUGCCCCAUUUUAGCCUUGCAGUAUAAUGCCCUCUGAGCCAUGUGUGUGCCAGCUAGAGAUUCACUUUCAGUGAAACACAGAAAACCCAGGAUUCACAGUUUAGGGUCAAAGGGUGGUCAUUAAAAUGUUUCCUCUGCACGUAGAAAAUAUCAAAUCCUUUAAAUGAGUGGUUUUCAACUGCUGGAUCAGGACCCGGACGUGGGUUGCAAGGCUAUUUUCAGUGAGUUGUUAAUGUGGUCCUGGAAAAAUGAGACUUAUGGCAAAAAAUGAAUUCUUCUCUAUAUGUUACUGCACUCAAUUUUACUAUGAUAAUUAGUACAUUUUAGUAGUUUCUUUAGAUCUACACUUAUUUAUCUUAUUAUUUUAGAAACAAAAUGGUUUUUCAUGAUAAUAUGUCUCAAGAUCUUAAAAAAAGCAACCACAAUGUACCAGGGAUGCACAAUAUUAUCAGCAUGAUAUUGUGGCAAAUUGUCUUGGUAAAAUGGUAAUGGACUUCAGCUUGUGUAGUGCUUUUCUUUUCAUCGUACAACUGAAAGUGCUUCUACACUGCAGGUCACACCUACCCAUUCAUAUCCAUUCACUCCACAUUCACACACUGAAGCCAGAUGUUGCUAUGGAGAACCAAUUGUUGCUAAUACCAUUCAUACAACCAUAUAUGUUUAUACGCCAACAGGGGAAGCAGUGGGAGCCAAUUGUGCAAAUGUCUGAGCUGGGGAUUGAACCCAAAGCCCUCCAAGACGACCGACUCUACCUACUGAGCCACGAAAGUUAAUUAUAGUAUUAGCAGAUUUGAAUAAGAUUGUGGACUUUUUGGAAGGGUCAACAGACCUACAGUUUGAAUUGCCCUUCAGGGAUUAAUAAACUCGUCUGAAUCUGAGAACUGUGCAGAGCCUUUAGGCAUAUUUGUGCCAAAAAUUGAGUGUAAGCAACAUGAGGGCACCAUAAGAAUGGCAUGGGGUGCUUUCCACUUGGGUGGUAGGGUUGCCACCAGCCCCUGGUUGUGCUGUGGAUGUCUCAAGGGCCUGAAAACCACCGGGGCUCUCUGGGCGUAUUGCCACGGGAGAAAAGGCCUGGACAAAAGAGAGAGAUCUCGCUGAGCAUUAAAAAGUGUAGAGCUACAUAUUAGGCCCUGUGAUGAAUCCUUAGCACCCUACAUGCCUAAAACUUAUGCACAUGACUGUCUAUCAGUUGAAGUCUUUUACAUUGUUCAUUAUCAGUCCUUUAAUUCACAGGGUGUUUAAGGACUGAAGUUUUAGGUCCAAACUACAUUUAUGCAUCAGUAUCAAUAUUGGUAUCAGCUAAAAUGAAUUUGGAAAUAUUGUCAAAAAUCUAAUGUGGUGCAUCUCUAAAAUUUACAUGUAAUUACAGGAUAGUUGAGUAAAUAAAACUUACUGUAUGUAUGCAUGUCCUCCCAGGGCGUGUAAAAUAAUGUGCCUUAUGGACAAAUUUGUUUAGUUCUGUCUUUUAUUUUUUGUUUCAUCUAAGAUCCAAAAACUGUGACAUUUCUCACUAAUACUGAUGAUGAUAAUACUCAGAAACAAUAAGGGUUGUUAAGAGAAAUUGCAUUAAUGGCGAUUCAGUGCAAUGACUUUAAAAUCGCUAUUAAUCACUUGAUUUAUUCUUCCCUUCAACAGACUUUGUUUUAGCCACAUCAGCGUCUCCCUGCAGCCACGGUGAUGAAAAAUAAGCCACCACUGCUCUUUAGUGUCUCAUAUCACUUAAAAAAACCUCACAGACAGCUCAG